UGCACUGUUCUGUUGAGUGAAGUAAGUUUGCGUGUAGAUUCACACACUCCCUCUCUCAUGUAAAUACAGUGCACAGCUCGUGAUGUUACGGGAUAUUUUUUGUCUCCACUAAUUGUUUAACACCACAGAGACUUUGAGACUGCGGAAGCGAAGACAACGAGGUUUAGCAGGUUGGAGAAGAUGGAGGACGAUUUGUCACAGGCUUUGAAUUCUGUCAGUCUGGAGCAGAAAGACAGCAAGAUGGACACUUUUGGGCUGUACGUCGUCACGUGGAAUGUGGCCACAGCUGAGCCUCCUGACGAUGUGAACUCUCUGCUUCAGCUCAACUCCCCGAAGAAAACUGACCUCUAUGUGAUCGGGCUGCAGGAGGUGAAGGCUGCACCUCUCAAGUUUGUCACAGAUUUGGCCUUCGAGGAUUCUUGGAGUCACCUCUUCAUGAACACACUGGCUCCAUUGGGUUAUAUCAAGGUGUCCUCCAUACGGAUGCAAGGUCUGCUCUUGCUUUUCUUUUCCAAGCUGGAGCACGUCCCCUUUAUCAGAGACAUUCAGGUCACUUACACACGCACAGGACUCUAUGGCUACUGGGGUAAUAAAGGAGGCGUGUCCAUCCGUCUGUCCUUCUACGGUCACAUGCUCUGCUUCCUGAACUGUCACCUGACCGCCCACAUGAACUACGCCUCUCAGCGGGUGGAUGAGUUCGAGUAUAUUCUAGAUGCUCAGACCUUUGACACCAAAAACACACCACGCAUUUUGGAUCACAAAGUGGUGUUCUGGUUUGGGGAUUUGAAUUUCCGUAUAGAGGACCACGGGAUGCUGUUUGUAAGGAACUGCAUCACCAGCCAGCGUUAUAAUCUUCUUUGGCCUAAAGAUCAGCUCACCAUGAUGAAGCAGAAGAAAGCUACUUUGCAGAAGUUUGAAGAAGGACCUCUUGACUUUCAGCCCACCUAUAAAUUCGAUUUGAACUCCGAUAACUAUGACACAAGGGUACAGAAGACAUGGUUUGGUUUUAAUAAAAUCUGGGUGAAGGAUGACCAGGUGUCUUUCACUGAUGAGCUCUUUCAAGUUUAUGUGAACAAAGAUGAAAUCCCUGUUCUUGGGGGAGAAUGUGUGCUGUGCUAUUACAGCAGCAACUUGCAGUGCAUUGUGGGUAUUAGUCAACCUUUUAAGGUGCAGGAAUCCAGAGCGGCGAUUGAAGAGGGUUUAGUGCCUGAAAAUAUCAACGGACUAGAUGAAACAGUAUCCAGUUAAGACCAGGUUUAAAGUGCACGUUGGUUUAUACGCUGUCAUAUGCAGCUCAGAUGUCAAACCAAACAUGCCUGCGAAUUCAAACAAGUGCAAUUUUAAUCCAAAAUUGAUUUGAGGUUUUACUGGUAUGUGAUACAGUGUAUACAGUGUUUUUUUUUAUCCAAGAAAUAUUACAAAUUAAAGCCAGUAUAUUUUAAAUCGCAGCCAGUUGAUGGGACCAGUCCCAAAUCGAUUGUGGUAUCUUAAGUAAGCACAUUUAAAUUUGUACUGUAAUCAUUGAAAUCGAUUCUAAAAAGUCUUUCAAAAAAGGUUGUUACAAAUUAAGAAAAUCAUACCCAUAAUGUAUAUUAUUUAAUUCAUUAUUUAAUGAAUAAAUUCACAUUACAGCCUUACUAUUACCACAUUGUCUCAAAACAUUCAGUAUACAUUUAUCUUGUAAAAAUUUUUAUAAACAAAAUGUUUUAUCAGUCUACUGUACUUCAGAAUUUGAGUGUUUAUGGUUACUGCUACUGUUGUCCUUGCGUUCUCAUUCCGUUCAAACUUAUGCAGUCUGUUACACUGUCAAGAAAAGGCUGCAUUUGCACAAUUUAUUUGAGUACUUUUAUGGCACGUUUACUUUGUGGAUCUAUUUAUGUCUAUAACUCAUGCUGAAGUGGUAUUAUAAUAAUAUUUGUGUCUCACUGAAAUUGAGUGUGAAUAACUGAAGGAUGUGCAGAAAUGACCAAGUGUAUUUUGUGGUCAGUACAGUUUGAUCUAACUUUCAUGUUAAGUAUAAGCAGACCGUGCUUAAACAUAUUUGUCAAAACCAAUUAUGCCCUCUUUUGGCUUAAGAAUGUGCUUUUGUUAUAAUGUUAGACUAAUGCUAAUGUAUAAAUAGAAUGUAUUUGUAUCAAAUUAUAAUGUAUAAAAGGAAAAAAACUGUAAGAAACAAUUCCUCUGUAAAUGAAGAGCUUUUUA